UUUAACGGUACGUUGUGUAGCGUGAGUGAUCAUUCUCUCUCUCUCUGUCUAUCUUAGUCCAUCUGACUGAGUUUACCUACCAACUUUUAUCAAGAAAGAUUUAACUUAGUAUUGCUUACGUUAUUAUUUUGGUUUUUACUUUUUUAUUUCUUUAGCAGUUUAUGGUAUAUAUUCGUUCUGUUAAAAGAGAGAAGUGAUUUAACAAAACAGGCAAGCAGCAGCACAGUGUUGUUACAGAUUCUUCAGAAUUCAACCAAGAUAGAAUUUUCGCAAUAUUAUUGGCAUUAUAAAUAUAUAUCUAGGCCUAUCUGUAUUAUAAAUUUCGCUUUCGACUUGCCCGUAUUUGAUUGGAGAUAGCCUAAAUCAACUUCACGUCGAAUUCUAAUCAAGUAAAAAUGACGACUAUGGAUGGACAAAUUCCAAAUGUAAAUGGCAUGACAAUGUGCCAAAAAGCAAAUGCAAUGCAACAGUGUGACGAGGAUGGAUCUCGAACCAAUAUAAUCGUGAAUUACCUGCCACAGUCCCUAACACAAGAGGAGCUAAGAUCAUUGUUCAGUAGUAUCGGGGAAAUUGAGAGCUGUAAACUGAUCCGAGACAAAGUUUCUGGACAGAGCUUGGGUUAUGGCUUUGUUAAUUAUAUGAAGUCGGCCGACGCUGACAAGGCCGUAAAGACCUUGAAUGCUCUAAAACUUCAAGACAAGAUGAUAAAGGUUAGCUAUGCACGGCCAAGCAGUCCUGCCAUAAAAGAUGCCAAUCUGUAUAUCAGUGGACUGCCUAAGUCUUAUGGACCAGAGGACUUGGAGAAGUUAUUCCACCCGUUUGGAAGGAUAAUAACAUUACGCCUGUUGACCGAUCAGACAACAGGUAAGGGCUUGCCCCGAGGUGUUGGGUUUGUUAGAUAUGAUAGACGAACAGAAGCAGAAAAUGCUAUUGCAAAACUUCACAACACAAUCCCAGUAAAGGGAACGGAACCGAUCACAGUGAAAUUUGCCAACAACCCUUCGCAGAACCAGCAAAAGAUGCUACUCCAACAGUGUGCGCUUACACCUGCCGCUCUCAGCCAGCUAAAUAUUCUGUCGCCACCAAGAACGAGAGGAUAUUCUCCCGGACCAAUGAGACACUGUACGCCAACCAUAAGGUUGAAUCAAUUAUCAAGCAAGAUGUCCGGCAUAAUGGCCAAGCUCUUCCCUAAACAGUCGAUGUAUUCACCAAUGGGAAAUGAUGUACUUUCAGCAAUGAAUCUCCAAGCAAUGACCAACAAUGGGAAUGGUUGGGUGAUAUUUGUGUAUAAUCUAAUGCAAGAUACGGAAGAACAACUGCUUUACCAGUUGUUUGGCCCAUUUGGUGCAAUAACAAGCGUGAAAGUCGUGCGAGACUUUGCUUCGCAGAAGUGCAAGGGCUAUGGAUUCGUAACCAUGACAAAUUAUGAGGAGGCGUUGAGUGCUAUCGCGCAUCUGAAUGGUUAUUCCUUAGGAGGACGCAUUCUACAAGUGUCAUUUAAAAACAACAAAACAAAAAUGUAAGAUGGACAACAUCACACCUGGACAAGAACUCCCACCGGGGCAAUACACAUCUUCUUCGAGAUGCUCGCCAAAACAACCCAUAAUAUUACGCCUGGUGUGCAAAUGAGUUUCAACAUAUAAAUGAUUUCUUUGGUUAUGUUUGUGUAAUUUUUCUUAAAAUAAGUUUACAAUUGUGCAUGUAUUAUUUGAUAUCAGCUGAGUGAUGAUAUGUGCUUUAUAUUGGUUCUGUGAUCUCUUUAAGAUUGUUAAGUAAGAAGUUAUAAUUUAGAAGAACAGUUUGCAUGUGUUUUUUCUUCAGUCUAAAAAAAGUGUAAUAUUGUAUUGUGUUGUUUAGAAAAAAAUGAAUUUUGACUGCAUAAUUGAUUGAUUUGGACUUGUGUGCCAACAUUAACUUUUGAGUGUUCCUUUCAUGCAACAUUUCCGUUCCAUUCUCUUUGUCCGUCUUCUUUCCUUAAUUUCUUUGUUUUCUUCUUAUAAAGAAGAAAUAAUUAAAUGGCAUAAAUUACCUGAUGUCAUUCAUUUGCAAUCACUGCAGCUGCCAAAUAAAGGAAAGAACUUUUAACAGAUAAAAAUUUAAAAACGAUGAACUUACAUGAUCUUCCCAAAAAUUGACCCUAUCAGCUAAGACCGGAAAUCGGUCAGCAAUAGACAUGGAAAUGGAUGUAAAUGAUGUGGUCACAAUGUAAAUAACAUGUUUUCAAGUUAAAAAAAAAUGUUAAAAUUAUUUGAAAUAUUGAAUAUAUUUAUUGUUGCAUCAUACAUAUUCGAUGUUGAUUCUUAAAUCUUAAAUUCUUAACAGUUUUGUUAUAUUUCUCGUUAUGUGAUGCUUGUUAUAUGUUUUGAAAAUCUAAAAAUAUAGAAUAUUAAUUAAUAUAGUUAUUUACUUAUCUACACUGUAUGGCAAGAGAGAAGAGAUGACUUUACUAUGUCUGAAACAAAUAAGUUUCCUUUUAUCACAUAGUACACAGUUUAUUUCAAAUUGCACAAAAAAUGAAAAGCAAGUUAGGUACAUCUAGAUGUUUAAAAAAAUCCUUCAUUAAGUUUCUUGUUAGUGACGCGUGUUUGUGAUUUUGUUAUAGAAGUUAAUGCUUUAGUGUUGCUUUUAAAAAGUGUUUUUGGAAGAAAUGGUACAAAAUGAAUAGCAAUCAAAUGUUUUGUGCUUCAGUAUAGAAGAGAGAUUGGCUGCAAAAUCAUGCCACAGAGUCCUCUGGGACUAUAAAAUAAAAUGUAUCUUAUUUCUUUCAAGUGCUAAAUAAUGAAUAAAAACAUGAAAGAUGGAAUAUUUUGAUAUGCAGUGAAAAUUCCAUAUUUUUUACUCGCCGCUGGCAAAUUCGAGAACGAAAGAAUUAUGUAGAAAUAGUGAGGUUGGAGGCUGGUACUGAUUUAAAACAAAACUCUCUGUAAAAGCAUGAAGGGAAUUUUGUUUGCUAGUGUAGUAAAGAUUUAAGAUGGGGAAAAUAUGCACCUCAAACAUAAUAUAUAAAUUCUACCAUAUAAUGGUAAAACAAUUUUUAAAUUCCUUUAAAUGUAGGGGGCGUAUUUUACAGGGUUAUUUCUAAAAUAAUGGUAUAACCAUAUAUUAAAAAAAUUUUAUCCCCAGACUGUUUUUACUUGGAGAGUUUUGAUGCAUUUUGUCGAUUCAUUCUAAUCUGAGUAAACACAAAUGAAAUGGAUUUUACUCAACGAAUGGUCUUGUCUGACAAAUGUUUUGCCAAUGUUUUACAAUGUUUAACAUCAAUUCAUUUUCCAGUUUUGUAUGGUGCGUUUAAAAAUAAGAGUUGAGUAUAAAAUGGACAGAACCGAUGGUCUUUCAAACUUAACACACACAUUCCUAUAAAAGCUAUUAUAAAAAAAAAAACUAUCAAUGUUUUAAAGAGUCUGAGAUAUGUGGAUACUCUGUACAAGUAGCUGGCUUUACAGUUAUUGAAGACAGCGAAUAUUGAUUUGGUAAAUGGUGUGUUUAAGACCAGAAGUUAUGAGCGAUUAAUUUGUUUUUGAGGAAAAUUUUUUUGCUACUUGCCCAAUUUGUACUGUACUUUUUACAUGUUUCAAAUAAAUGUGUGAAAAAGUCUGCAAAA